AGUGACAUCCACUCAUAAGUGACAUCUCUAUAUAUGUGAAAUGUUCCAUCUCUAAUUUGUAUCAAGCAUUUAUAAUAAAAAUCACUUUAUGGCCGAUUUUCAAGAGCAGUUGAGACAUUAUCGGCAGCAAAAGCAAAAAAGGGAAAUAUUAAACAACUUUAAAUCUAAAAUUAAGCGAUUUUGGAUGCUAGGUACCGGCGCGGAUACAAUUCAGGGAAAAUACCAAACAACAAUCGAAGUUAAGCCAGCCCCUGCACAGUCUUCUAGCAUUAAUGAUACACCAGAUGAAUAUGUGUCAUCAGAAGAUGAAGAUGAAUUAUCAACAGGAACUAUCAAUGCCAACGAAGAGAAAGAGAAUAGGUGUUUAAAAUAUACACUGUGGACUGUAUAUUUUCUGUUUUGGGUGACGUUGUACGUGAUAGCUAUAGAGCUUAAAUUUGGGUUGGUCUUCUUAAUGUUAUCCGCGUUAUUUGGAAUAUAUUUCAACACCAGGACUGGUCCAAAGAAACCUAAUGAAAUAAGUGCUUACAGUAUAUUUAAUAAAAAUUGUGAAAGUAUAGAUGGCACCUUAAAGGCGGAACAAUUUGAAAGAGAAAUUCGGUACGGUUCCGGCAGCGUGCGAUAGCAGAAAUACAUAAAGUCGAUAAUACACAAAAUUUGAUAUAUACUGGUGAUUGGAAUUUUCCUUAGAUCUUUAACUUAAAAAUAAGAUAAAAAAAAUAAGCACAUGAGAAAAAAAUUGAGUAUAAUCUAAAUAUACAUGAAAAUUUGUUGUAACUAACAAAAAGCAAACCAAGUAACAUAUAAAACAUAAUUCUUGUUCAUUGU